UAUGUCCUUUAUGAUUAUUAAAAACUAAGUACACAGAGUUAAUACUAAUGGUCCAGAGUUUCCUGUACACAUAGAUUUUUUCAUGUGUGAAAAUUACUGUUGCACGAUGUUAUAAUAUGGAUUUGUAAGUUUUUAUUGACUGAAGACAACCCUAGUUAUGUCAUAUACAACGUUCAUAUUCAAAUUUUAAUUCGAAAUUAUAGAAUUAAUUUUUCCAUACCAUAAAUAAUAAAAAAAGCAAAAAUAUUAAAAUAUGGGUCGAAAACGCGAUAUUAUAUCCCGACAUUUUUUUACAAUAUAUGAAAAUCAAAAUAUGUCCGAAUGUAGAAUUUGCAAGAAAAAAUUUAGUGGAAUUUAUAUUUCUAAUAUUAAAAGACAUUUGCAAGAAAAGCACAAGGAUACAUAUGAAAAAGAACUUUCCAAAACAGAUGAAGGAGCUGUUGUAGAUAAAAAAGUAAGUUUUAUGUAAAUUUUUCCAAAAACGACGUUAAAGAUGCCUGUAUUGACCUAAUUACAACUGAAAAAAUGCCAUUUUCCGUCUUGGAUUCGAAAGCCUUUAAGACCUUAACUGGCCAAAUUUUUGACGGACUUGAGAUGAAUCCUAUUUCAUCUAAAAAUAUAAUGGCAUUAAUAUCGGAAAAAUAUAAUGAAAUUAAAAGUGAAAUAAAAUUGUUGUUAAAAGACAAGUUAUUAUGUCUGAAAAUGGAUACUGCAACCAGACAUAAUCGUGGAGUUUUAGGUGUAAAUGUACAAUUAUAUAAUGAAAAUAAAAUCUUAGUUAAAACCCUUGGGUUAAUUGAACUCAAUAAAAGACACACUGCAGAGAACCUAUGUAUGGAAAUAGAACAUAUUUUAAAAGAAUUUGGCGUAGAAAAAAAACCAAAUUUAUUGUGUUACUACUGAUAAUGGACGAAACAUGGUAAAGACUAUAGAGAUAUUGAAUAAAAACGACGAUAACUUAAAUGGAAGUGAGGCAGAUCUCGAUGAUGAGCAGAUGUUAAAUGGGCUUUGUGUCAAUUCCAUUACCUCAAUUAAAUGUACCGCUCACACAUUGCAGCUCGCUGUUAAAGAUUUUUUACAAAAGAUAAAUGAAUCAAAUGAAACUAUUAACAAGGCUCGAAAACUAGCAAAAAUGUUGAGAACUCCUUCUUACAGAUACAUAAUAAUUGCACAAGGUUUAAACCAGCCAGAAAUCGACGUGCCAACUCGGUGGAACUCCACAUACUGUAUGAUGAAAAAACUAUUACAAUUUGAAGGCUUUUGUGAGGAGCGUGAAGAUUUGGUGGCAAAACUAAAUAUUUCUGAUUGGAAUACCAUAAAAAGUCUGGUUAAUAUUUUGGAACCAAUUUAUAAAGCGACACUGAAACUACAAAGCGAGCAGCUCUACCUUGGAGAUUUUUACAAAUUAUGGCUGGAACUGAUUCUUUCAGUAAAAGGGAAAAAUGAAUACAGCUCAAUUUUAGAAAAUUGUCUCCAAAAAAGAGAAGAGGUGUUAAUGGAAAAUAAAAUUGUAAUUGCUGCUGUUUAUUUGGAACCAAGAAUUAGACGUGUAUUGCUACAGAAACCGACAUAUCUCAUAAUUGCCAGUGUUAUAGUAUGUUUAUUGACAACAUUGAUAUUGGAUUGUUUAAAGUAGUCAGUAAUCAGUAUUCAUAAGUUAGCUUUUUAAAACUUAAUUUGUUAUAACUGAAACUCACUAUUAAAUGAAUUCUUAAUAAAACAACAUGGUGUCAGAAGUGGGGUUUAAAAUCAAAUGAAAGAAAAAGAAUUAAAAAAGACAAUUAAAAAAAAAAAAAAAAGUCAAGUCAAUAGUUUAAAAUUAUUUAUUGGUUUUUUGAAAAGAAAAAUAAAUUUGAAAAAAUGGCAACAGCUCAAAGCCAAAAUGAAAAUUUUUCAUUGUCACCAAAGAUGGCGUCUUUUAAUACAAAGGCCACUAAUGUCGCCGUAGAAUGGAAGAAAUGGAGCAAACAAUUCAACAUCUAUUUGUUGGCAUCCAAUUUGGACACACAGCCUGAUAAAAGAAAAGUUGCAUUGUUACUUCAUCUCAUGGGUCCAGAUACACUAGAAAUUUUUAAUUCGUUCAAUAUUGGAAUUGAUGACAUUAAGUAUGCUGACCUCCUGAAGAAAUUUGAAUCUCAUUUUAUACCUCAAAUUAAUAUAGCCAUGGAAAGGCAUAAAUUUUUUACACGUCGUCAGGGGAUAGAAGAGACAAUUUCGCAGUAUGCAAUUACAUUGGAAAACCUCAGCAGCUCAUGUGCUUUUGGUAGCUUGCGGGAAAGUUUAUUAAAGGACAUUUUUACUUGUGGUCUAUCGGAAAGCUACAAAAAUAUAAAAGAGCGCCUCCUAAGUGAAGGAAAUAUUAGCUGGUCUAAAGCCUUAGAGAUAGCUAAAAGUAUUGAAAUGGCGAAAGAAAACUUAGCAAGUAUUCACAGAAAGGACGAGCCUAUAAUUGCAUUAUUACAUCAUAAUAAAAUGCAGAAAUAUCAACAACAAAAAUGCCAAUCAACUAAGAAACAACAACAACAAAAUUUCAAACAAAAUGGCGUAUGCAAAAAAUGUGGUCAGUGGCAUAGAAGUAAAUGCCCUGCAGAAGGUGUAUUGUGUAAUGCAUGUGGUAAGCCAAAUCACUAUGCAAAAAUGUGUUAUUCCAGAAAAAAUGAAAAAAGAGUAAAACCUAACAACAACAAAUAUGUUAGAAACGUGUGUGAAGAUGAUCUGCCCGAAGAAGACAGUCUUUUCAUUGGGUCAUUGACUGAGAAUGGAAAAUCAAAUAUUUGGAAUAUUUCUGUGAACGUGAGUGGUCAUGAUAUCAUCUGUCAAGUUGACACCGGUGCCCAGACUAAUUUGAUGUCGCUGAAUACUUUUAAGUCUUUGGGAAUUAAUAAGGUAGAUAAGAAUGUAGUUACUAACAUAGUUACUUUUAGUGGUGAGAAAUUACCAGUUUUUGGGAAAAUUUUUCUAACGUUUUAUUAUGAAAAUUUAGGUUAUUCAACGUAUUUUUAUGUAUUGAAUAUGAAAUGUAACAACGUUAUUGGCUUAGAGUUGGCAAAAGAAAUGAAUUUAAUUAAAUCCGUAAACACAAUUGAUAGUGAAAAAAUUUUAAAUAACUUUUCGGAAAUGUUUCAAGGUCUUGGAAAACUCAAGGAAAAAUGUCAUUUGAAAGUAAAGGAAAAUUGUCAACCGGUAGUAGACCCUCCGCGUCGCGUUCCUUUUAGUCUACACCAACCCUUAAAAAUAGAAUUGGAGAGAAUGGUGAAAAUUGAAGUUAUAAAGGAAGUUAAAGAGCCUACAGAUUGGGUUAAUUCAAUAGUUCUAGUGACAAAAAGUAACGGUACUUUGAGGAUUUGUUUAGAUCCACGAAACUUAAAUAAAGUUAUCGUGCGACCAAGAUUUGAUUUUCCCACUAUAGAUGAAUGCAAAUCUCGUAUGUGUGGUUCAAAAGUUUUCAGUUUAUUAGAUGCUCAUUCAGGGUUUUGGAUGAUUGAGUUGGAUGACGAAUCUUCGCGGUUGUGUACAUUCAAUACUCCGUUCGGAAGAUUCCGUUUUUUACGUUUGCCUUUCGGCAUAAGUUCCGCACCUGAAAUAUUUCAUGGUGAAAUGGUAAGGUUAUUUGGUAAUAUAGAAGGUCUUGUUAUAUAUAUGGAUGAUUUUUUAAUACAUGCACCUAGUGUGGAAACACAUAACGUAAUUUUAAACAAAGUUUUAGAAAGAGCUAGGAAUGUCGGUCUUAGAUUCAAUAGAAUGAAGUCAAAAAUACUUAAGACUGAGAUAAAAUUUAUUGGUCACAUUUUUGACUCUAAUGGUGUUAGACCAGACGACAAAAGAGUCGAGUCAAUUUUGUCAAUGCCAGUCCCACAGAAUAAACAAGAACUGCAGCGUUUUUUAGGCAUGAUAACAUAUUUGAGUCCUUUUAUUGAUAAUCUGUCUUUUAAAAAUAAACACCUUAGAGAUUUGCUUAAGGAUAAUGUUAUAUGGAGUUGGAAUAGAGAACAACAAGUCGAGUUUGAAGAUUUGAAAAAAGUUAUUACCAAGGCCCCCGUAUUGGCGUACUAUGAUACAAUGAAACCUCUAACAUUAUCAGUCGAUGCUUCUAAGUUUGCGGUAGGAGCGGUCAUAAUGCAUGGACAAAAUCCAAUUGCUUCGGCUUCUCUGACAAAUAGUCAAAUAAAUUACGCACAAAUUGAGAAAGAGUUAUUUGCCAUAGUGUUUGGAUGUACUCGUUUCCACCAGUACAUAUAUGGAAAAAAUGUUGUGGUUGAAACGGAUCACAAACCAUUGGUUCCAUUAUUCACUAAACCAUUAUAUAGUAUUCCCACACGUCUUCAAAGAUUUAUGUUAAGACUUCUAUCUUAUAAUAUAACAGUUAUAUACAAACCAGGCAAAGAUUUGUUUAUUGCCGAUACCCUGUCGAGAGCACCACUCAAAGAAGAAGUUUUAGAGGAUCUAGAUAAAGACAUUGAUUUGCAAUGCAAUUCAUUGUUUACCCAAAAUAGUUUGUCGUCAAGAGAAAUAGAAAAUAUUAGAAAAGAAUUUGAGAAGGAUAAAGUUUUACAGAAAGUUUUGAAAUAUAUUAAAAAUGGCUGGCCUCUUAAAAAAAAGGCUCUUGAUUCUGAUUUACGACCAUUUUAUUCAAUUAAGGAUGAAAUCUUUGAAGUUGAGGGUAUUUUAUUUAAGAACAAACGCAUUCUUAUACCGAAAAGCUUAAGAUCGAAAAUGUUACAGAAUAUUCAUGAAGGACAUAUAGGUAUUCAGGGUUGUCAGCAAAUAGCGAGAGGUUCAAUUUAUUGGCCGAAUAUUAAUAACGAUAUCUAUAAUGUAGUAUCAAGCUGUGACACUUGUCUUAAAUAUAGAAAUGCUAAUCCCAAAGAAGAACUGAAAAGUCAUGAAAUUGUUGCCAUACCUUGGUAUAAAGUCGGAUGCGAUAUAUUUCAAUUUGAAAAUAAAAUGUAUUUAGUAGUUGUUGACUACUAUUCGAAAUAUUUUGAAGUUGAAUUUUUAAAUUCAGGUUAUACCGCCACACAAGUAAUCACAAAAUGCAAAUCAAUAUUUUCCAGACAAGGAAUUCCAGCAAUUUUAGUUUCUGAUAAUGGGCCACCUUUCAGUUCUAGUUGUUUUAAAACGUUUUGUAAUGAUUGGGGAAUUGAGUUCGUUACUUCCAGUCCCUAUUUAGCCAGGUCAAAUGGUCUUGCGGAAAGAACAAUACAGACUGUUAAAAAUAUUUUAUAUAAAUGCCAAUAUUCUGGCUCUGAUCCGUAUAUAGCUUUUUUGCAAUAUCGGACAACACCUAAAAAUAAUUUGCCAAGCCCAUCGGAAAUAUUAAUGAGCAGAAAAUUGCGAACAAAAAUGCCUACUCAUUCAGAUGAUUUGAAACCAAAAAUUCUUGAUUCCAAAAACCUUGAAAAACAUCUGAGAAAACGGGAAGAUAAAUCAUCUAAAUAUUAUAACAAAGGUUCCGUUGAUCUAAAACCAGUGGAAAUCGGUGAAAAAAUAUAUUUUAAAAAAAAUCUUGACUCAUUAUGGUUUCCGGGUAAGAUAAUAGCCAAAUGUAAGGAACCAAGAUCGUUUUUGAUAAGGGAUGAAAAUGGUAUAAAUUACAGAAGAAACAGACAACAUAUUUUGAAGAUAACAACUAAAAAGCCUAAUAAUUUCGUUACAGAUUCAUAUAAACAGAAAAACAAUUCUGAUGAAAGUUAUAUUUAUCAUUAUACACAAAAUUCUAAUAAUGAAAAUGUUAAUAAUACAAAUGAUAACGAAAAUGUUAGCAUUAGUAAUAAUGAAAAUAUUCAAAUUAAUGAUAAUGAAAAUUUGGAAACAAAUAUCAGAAGCAACCAAAAUGAAAUAUAUACAUCUAAAUUUGGAAGAAAGGUAGUGCCACCUUUAAGGCUAAAUUUGUAAUUUAUUUUUUAUAUAAAGUAUUAAAUUCAUAAUUUUGUAAAAUAUAUUUGUAAUUUAUUACAUAUAUAAGUUAUUUCUUAUUUUUUAUUUUUUUUUUAUAAUUUAUAACUUCUCUUUAUAAAAAGGGGGAUGUUAUAGUAUGUUUAUUGACAACAUUGAUAUUGGAUUGUUUAAAGUAGUCAGUAAUCAGUAUUCAUAAGUUAGCUUUUAAAAACUUAAUUUGUUAUAACUGAAACUCACUAUUAAAUGAACUCUUAAUAAAACAACAGCCAGGAAUCAUUUAAAAAAACUAAUAAUACAGAUAUACAAUGUUCGGCACAAUGAUAAUGUAAGUAUUUUUAUUAUAUAAUAAAUUUAUAUAUUAUAGUAGAUUGGAACUUUAUAUAUUUACUACAUUUUUCUUUAAGAAUAAGAGUCCAUCCCCAACUCGGCAAAAUAAUUUGGAGGUAUUUUCAGAGUAUGAUGAUACAAAAAAAAAAUUCGCUCCUUAAUGAAUUCCUUAACUCUAUUGAAGUAAAUUCAAGCGUCGAAGAAGACGACUUAAAUGAUGAUAUUAACAAGGCUAUUUCAGAAAUAGAUCAUUAUAAUCCAAAGCCUAUAAGUUUUGAUAAGGAUGUAAUGAUGUAUUGGGAGGAGAAGAAAUUCGUUUACCCACAUUUGUACGAGUUGGCAAGAAUAGUACAUAGUGUGCCUGCAACUCAGGUUAGCGUAGAGCGCUCGUUUUCGGCAUUAAAAUUGGUCUUAACCGAUUUAAGGUGCAAUUUGUCUGCAGGAUCCCUGAAAGAACUACUAUUUGUUAAAUUAAAUAAAUAAUUACUUUGGUAUAUAUUUUUGUUAUUAUUUUUGGUUAUUAUUUUUUGUUAUUACUUUUUGUUGUGUUCUUUAAAUAAAUUUAUGUAUUGAUUUAUGUUAUAAAACAUAUUUAAGACGAAUUUUAGCUUUUCGCUCUAGAAGGGUUAGUAUGCUUUUAAUAGUAAAACAUAUUUAAAUUUCCUAGAAUUUUAUUCGGAUUCGUUGGCAUUUAUUCCUAUAUUGAUCGAAAAAUACCUUUCGGAUUGCAUUAUCACUUUAAAAUUUAAAGUUUAAAUAAAAUAUAUAAUAAAACAUAUGUACU